CGUGUUAUCAACUAAAUCAACGAUUCUUUUGUUGCCACGUCAAAAGUAACCCCUCCCUAGCCCUUAGAUCACCUUAAAUAUCAGUCAACGGUGUCCGUAUUCUACACCUCUCCACCAAAAAAACUCGCAAAAACAAAAAACCCAAAUAUCUCAAAAAGGAACAAAAAAGAUAAAAUUAAAAUAAAAUUAAAAAAAAGUAGGUGGUGGUGCUGCUAGUAAAUAACAAAUCCUAUAAUCUACACUAAUUUGGAGAUAUUCAUUUCAGCAGUAUCAGUAUAAAAAAAAAAGCUUUGAAAGCUGAUUUUUGAUUUUUGUUUUCGAUUAUUUUAAUUGAAUACCACUAGUGGUUUUGAAUUGAGCGGUUUUCCGAGCGGUUUUAGGGUAUGGGGAGGUCCGGUAAUGGUAUACGGAGUUAUUCAGUGAACGCUACCGAUUAUAAUCUUCUCGAAGAAAUUGGAUUUGGUGCAAGUGCCACUGUUUUUAGAGCGAUCUAUCUUCCUUAUAAUGAGGUCGUUGCUAUCAAAUGUUUGGAUCUUGAUCGAUGCAACAGCAAUUUGGACGACAUUAGGAGAGAGGCACAAAUGAUGAGCUUGAUUGAUCAUCCAAAUGUAGUCAGAGCAUAUUGCUCAUUCGUCGUGGAGAGAAACCUGUGGGUUGUAAUGCCAUUUAUGGCUGAGGGUUCUUGCUUACACUUGAUGAAGAUAGCUUACCCUGAUGGGUUUGAGGAACCUGUAAUUUGUUCCAUCUUAAAAGAAACUCUAAAGGCGUUGGAGUAUCUCCAUCAACAUGGACAUAUCCACCGUGAUGUGAAGGCUGGGAACAUCCUACUUGAUACUAAUGGGCUCGUGAAGCUUGCUGAUUUUGGUGUCUCUGCUUGCAUGUUUGACAGUGGUGAUAGACAACGGUCAAGGAAUACAUUUGUUGGAACUCCAUGCUGGAUGGCCCCUGAGGUGUUGCAACCCGGGAGUGGAUAUAACUUCAAGGCUGACAUUUGGUCAUUUGGAAUCACUGCACUAGAGUUAGCUCAUGGUCAUGCACCCUUCUCGAAAUAUCCUCCCAUGAAGGUUCUGCUUAUGACUAUACAGAAUGCUCCACCGGGACUUGACUAUGAUCGUGACAAAAAAUUUUCAAAGUCUUUUAAAGAAAUGGUUGCAAUGUGUCUGGUGAAAGAUCAAGCAAAGCGACCUACUGCAGAAAAGCUACUUAAACAUUCUUUCUUUAAACAUGCCAAGCCGCCUGAGCUUUCGGUGAAGAAACUGCUGGCAGACUUACCCCCACUAUGGGAUCGUGUGAAAGCCCUGCAGCUCAAAGAUGCUGCUCAACUUGCUCUUAAGAGAAUGCCUUCAGCAGAGCAAGAGGCUAUAUCACAGAGUGAGUACAAGAGAGGUGUUAGUGCCUGGAACUUUGACGUUGAGGACUUGAAAGCACAGGCUGCACUGGUGCAAGAAGAAGAUGAUUUGGCAGAAAUUAAGGAAUCCGAUGAAAGUGUAAAAUCUGCUGCUGGCAAUAAGGAUGCAUUAGACUCUGGAUCUUUUUCAGGAAGAUGUAUUCCCCCAAACAGUUCCGCUCGCAGAGAACAAGGUAAUGUUGAUGACGCCAGCUGUAAAAUCACAACUGGAAAUGAGUUAUUAGAUUCUGGCAGUCCUGGCAAAAAUGUUCAAGAGAAAGAUGGGGUGGAUCUCGAUAUAGUAGCAUCUGAUGGUGAGAUGUACACAGCGCAAGUGAAGGACAACUCUCAAGCAGUGAAAGGUCGUCAAAGUCAGAGUGGGCCACUGAUGCCUGGAAUCGUGCUUGGACAGACAUCCACCGAAAGAGGCCGUGUCAUUGAAAGGCCUGAAAAUGAAAAUCAGUCUGCAGCAGAGAAAAGUAACCGAGGCUCACGUAGGGUUCCGAGCUUUAGCGGCCCGCUGAUGUUACCAACAAGAGCUUCAGCAAAUAGUUUGUCAGCGCCGAUUAAACCUUCAGGAGGAUACAGAGAUUCUUUAGAAGAUAAAGCGAAGGCUAGUUUGGUUCAAAUAAAGGGCCGUUUCUCCGUAACAUCGGAGAGUUUAGAUGUUGUCAAGGAUAUGCCAGCAUCUACGUCUCGGAGAUCUUCACAGGGCUCUCCUUUACGGAAGUCAGCUAGUGUUGGCGAUUGGAUUUCUGAGUCAAAGCAAACAGUAACCAGUCUACCACCCAGAGACGUAAGCAGUGCUAAUGUUUCUGCAUCACUUCUCUUGCCUCACCUACAAAAUUUAUUUCAACAGACUGCAAUUCAGCAGGAUUUGAUAACGAGCUUGUUAAGUAGCUUGCAAUUAUCUGAAGUAGAUGCCUGUCAAAAUGGAAAGCUUUCAGCACAGCCACUAUCUAGCAGUCCAGAAAAUGGAAAUGUUGAGACAGGUGCUUCAGAGAGGGAACGCUUGCUUCUAAAUAAGAUAUCAGACCUUCAAUCAAGGAUGGCUAAUUUGUCUGAAGAAUUAAAUGCUGAGAAACAAAAAUUUGGUCUGUUGCAACAACAGCUGAAUGCAGUCUCCACUCGGGAAGAAGAUGAAGACAGGAUCGAAGUGGUUACUUAAGGGAGGCAACUUUAGUUUCUUGUACAGUGCGAGUAUAGUGUAUAUUCAGGUAAUAGAUCUUGAGCUCACAAACCUAUACUUUGGCAAUGCUAUGAGAGUAACUCAAGCUGAUACUUCGUUUCGGUGAAUAUAAAGAAGAAAUAGCUGCUGGUCCUCCUUUCUGGAUUUGGUUCCCAUCCUUAGAAUUACAAGUACGCAUCAGAGAUGUUUUUUCACAGAUUGCUUGUCUUCUUGGGAAAGGAUUGAUGAUGACGAAAAUUCUUUUCUUGAUUUAUUGGUCUAAGAAGGGGAUCUACAGGAAACUGAUUCUGCAAAGUUUCAGUUUGCCAGGAGUUUGUAUAGGCUAUUUCAGAGACUUUUGUGAAGGUGGUAUUGGUUUGUAUUUUCAUUAAAUUUUUAUUAAUUAUUUCUUCAAUGGUUUGAGUAACAUUAUAUUGGAUGUUUAUAGGUCUUAGAAUAAGCUUGAUGUGUAUCUUAAUUUUAUCCUAAACAAGCCAUGCAUGGUUCUGAAUGUGACGCUCGUGGUUUCUGGCGUUUGAUGGGAAUUAUACUAGGUUCUUGUCGUCGUCGUUGCUAGGAAGUUUUGGAUCUUGGAAAAUCAAUUAGAAAGAGUUACCAUUGUGGAUUAUUUGCCACUUGGCUUUUGUAACAAUUGCAGUAGUUUUGGCUUUUCAGAAUCAUGAAGGAGAAAUCUUUUGUUCAUAA